AUGCAGAACGUAGACUCAAGAAUCCACGCUUGCCUUCCCGGCAGCUGCUCGGAAGAGCACCUCCCGGCUGUGGCCUACCUCGUCUGCCUCCUGGCGACCCAGGAGCCUCGCUGCGUGGAGCUGCUUCAGAUCGCCGCGCCCGAGGCGGAGAUUCUCGGCUUCGUCAAGGUGUCCGUGGCUCUCUUGGUCCAAGGCAUGGCCGGGCAGAUCCAAACGUGGCUCCUGUCGGACUGGCAGAGUUCCAAUGCAAGGGAGGGGCUCAUCGAGGCCUCCACGGCUUUGGUGAAGAAGGAGACUGAGCUUCGGAGAAAGGAGCGGCAAGUGCAAAGAAGCCUUCAAGCGCUUCGAGAGCAGAAGCUUCUCCUGAACCGGCACUACACCACCCUGGUCGACACGUGGAAUCAGCUCCUCGGCCAGGUUCCGCCCGUUUUGCCACCGGAGGAGGUGGAAACCUUGGAACGUCUCUCCACUGCUGCCCUUGGCACCCUCUCCGACCUGGAAGUCCACAGAAAGCCUCCAGUCCCAGUGAAGAGCGAUGCUCGCCCGGUCUUCCCUGGCGCCACCGGAGAGCUUCGAAGAUCCGUGGUGCAGAUGAGGGGCGUCUGCCUCCGAGAUCGGACCUCCGCAACGGAAUUCCACAGCCCCUUUGUUCCAGCCGCCGUCCUCACGGGACGGCGCAUCGAAGUUGUCCACCAGCUCGUGGAGACGGGACUCUUCCACCCAGCCCACCGCUUCGUUGCAAGGAAUGUCACGGCCGAGGAGUUUGCAGAAGUCUGGAAUACGGCGGAUGAGCACUGGGCGGGGCUCAGCAGGUUUGUCCACGAUGGCCAUUCUGCAAGCCAGCGCUGCCCCGAUUGUGCAAACAUCGGGCAUUUCCUUCUUGAUGAUACACUGAUAGAUGUGGUUGCGCGAGUCGCCAACCAGGACAUUUCGGACCUGCAGGUCCAACGCACCGUUGCCAACUUGCACUCCAAUCUGGGCGCAGCAAGUGUGAAACGGUUUCAGGAAGACUUCAUUUCGAGGGUUUUUGAGUCUCCCACCAUUUUCAUGGGCGUAGACGAGGUUCACUGCUUUGAAGCGGUGAUUCUGAGUGCCAACCCACGUUCGCGGACGGGAGGCUUCGAAGAGUUGCUCGGGGGCAGGGCAAGGCCCUGGCCACGCUACUCUCCCGAGACGGUCUUUCGACGAGUCCGGGCGCACUACCACCUGACAGCGCAAGCAUGCGAAGCAUGCGAGUUGGUGUCUGAGGAACUGAAGGAACUGACGCCACUCCCCGAGGUGCUGCUGGAUGCACGGCGCGGGGCCUCUCGCCGGGUCUUUGGAAGUGCAGAGGAGUUGGCCAAGCUCGUGGGCGCCACGCUGAUUGACUUCGCCGGAAAGAGCUGGGCCAGCAGAGUGAGGUCUCUCUCGGCGGCGAAGGUGUACAUCGGAGUUUAUGGCGGUCAACUUUUCCAAUUGCCUCUGAUGCACGAGGGGUCGCUGGUCCUUAUCCUGACAUGUGAGGUCUUGCUGGCCCAUUGGCAUGCCACCUUCCUCUUUCGAUUCCUCCGCUUGUCGGGCCUCGAGUUGCACCAGAUUGAGCAUGACGGCUGCCUGGCGCUGCCACCCUCCAUGAAGCAGACUGCCCAGAAUGCCCUGGCCGAAACCCGUUUGGCACCGAUCAUGAAGCUAGCAGCAGAUAUCCAUCCAAUCAGCAGACUGGCCAACUCCGACAUCGUGCUACUUCACAAGGAGUUCCUGUGUGCUUUCCGUCGUCCAAGCGCAAGCUUGGGCUUUGAGAGAGAAGCGGGAAUCGCUGCAAACCCUGAGGUUUUGGAGGUUCUCUGGGCAGGCUUUGAAGCCGCCCUGAGGCGGUGUGCCGAGUGGCACAUGGACUGUGAAGUGGUUGCCCCAAUAAGUUCUGAUGCCCGCGGCUGGGCUCUCUUGGCGAACACGAGGUACUCAGAUAGCCUUGGGAUUCCUCAAGAAGAGCUCGCCAUCAAAAUUGACUGCGUGGUCGGCGAGUUUUCGGGUUCCGAACGCGGUCUUUACAGGCUGGAAAAUACGUUUGCAAGCCGAGUCUAUGAUCACUUGGCGAUGAAUGUGACAACAUCCAGUGCCACCAUGGAGCGGAUACGUCAGUUGGUCUCGACGCAUCAAGGCCACAUGCCAUGGUGA